AACAGCCACAAACUGAACAUGUUUAAGUUGAAAAAUCAAUUAAUUUAUCCAAAUUUAGUCAAGAAAACAAUGUUUUCCAAUUUAAUCGAUAUUUCUUUUGUCUUGAAAUCUCGUGUUUGUGUCUAAAGAUUCACUUUGAAGUCUUUCUUCCCGAGCUCAGACAGACGGAGGGAGCGUGAUGGGGGCCGACGGCGGUCGAUAGAGCAGCCACUCGCCUUUUUUCAGAGCACAGUGAGAUGUUGACUCAAGGUGUUGCAGCAUCUCGGGAAUGCUAUUGAAGUUUUAGUUGAAAAGUCACUGUUUGCCUGCAGGACUUCAAGAGUUUCUGUGUGAUAACUGGAGAAGUGGCGUCACGUUAACUGGAAACGUGGAACAUUGGUCCGUCUGAAUCACUUGUUACUGAUUUUUCUUACAUUUCUGCUGCACCUCCAUCCCCCAACAUCAACGACAAUGCUUAGAAACUCUUCCCAUCGAACGAGUAGCAUCGAACCUGAUGAAAUACAAACUGUCGUGCUGCGAUGCUGCUUUUUUCUUGGACUUGCAUCACUGAAAAUAGAUAUUUUUGGGUUUCAGACACGGAACAAGACGUCUGAUGGCGUCACCUCGUGCUGUAGGAGUAGUUUUCUGAAAUGUUUCAGUGCCACGUUGAAUUCCCCUCCAAUGAAAUCACGUUUCAUCCUCGUUUGAUACCGUACGGUAUUGACGAUAAUCGUACAAAUAAUCCAGUGCCUCGUUUCUUUACGCUCUCUCUUUGUUCCUUUUAUACUCUUUUCUACAUUUUACAGCCUCCCUACACUAAAGAAAAGAUGAAUUUCACUUAUAGCAUUGUUUAUUUAUCUUUAUGUUCCAUAGAUAUUGUGAUUAUAUCGUUAUCCUGACUAUCCCAGCAUCCUGUAAUUUCGAUAACACUCAGCAUAUCUUCCUAAAUUUUGCUUCGGGCCCCUCAAAGCUCUACUGGAGGGCCCCUGGAUGUUCCCAAGACCCUGGUUUGGCCUCCAGUGAUGGAGGGUAUGACAUCAGCAGAGGGCUCAGCGGGCUCAGCGGCCCGGGUGUUGGGUGUCGAGUCUCUGCGGGUGAAACCGGACCUUUGACUGCAGCGAGCCUCACUCUAACGUUAUCCAGAGCUGAUCUCAGAGCCUCGACCUGGCUCAGCACACGCGCCGUCUGUGCUAUAUUCUAUCGCAGCAUAAUGUGAUUUUAUUGUGAUAUUAAUACACAGAUGGAUGACGUGAAGUGUCGCCCCAGGAACUAUCAGUUCCACUGCAGGUAAUGCUGCAUUCAGGUUCCUCAAAAGGUUCUUAGAUGAUAUAUUCCUUGAGAGCAGCUUCAGUCUCUCUGUCUUAUGUUCACUUGUUUUCAUAAAAUGUUUCACCUGUGUGUUUAGAAAUAUUGAUGCUGUUUGUUUUCUGGAGCUUUUGAGAGAUGCAAGAAAAAUCUGAGGAGCUCAGAUCACCCAGAAUGAAGCUGCACCUGAAGGAACCUCACAUGUCCCUGCUCUGCUGACGGGGGUUCUGGGAAAUGUAGGAAAUCUCUAGAAUCAGCUCCUCAGGUUUUGAUCUUCCAAGUUCGGGUCCCGGGGUUCCUUUAUGUCCCUUUAAAGCGCCUGCGCAGUGAGAAAUCGGCGCUCAGAGGUUUGUUACUUCCUCACCUACAGCACAGACUGUUAUGUCACUCUGAAGUAUUUCAGAGGAGGGGUGAGAAAGUUUUGGAGCGCAGGUCUUAACGCGCGCACCUGCGCUCCAUGCUCACGCGUCUUAACGAGGGUCCAAAGGACAGAAUGAGCGCGCGCCAGCCCGGGUCAGUCUCGUGGCUCGGUGUUUGUCUGUCCUCUUGGCUGACAAUAAACAGAUGAAGGCGGCCGCGGGACCUGUGCCACCCCGAUGGGAGGAGAGGACGGAGCAGAGGGCAGGUCCAGCAGGGCGCGGUCUUCUUCUUCUCCCGCGGCACCUCAUCUGUACUGUAGUAGGAUCUCUUCCAUUUCCAUUUCUGCCAACAGUUCUGCGCCACAGGGACGCAUUGAGAACAAACCCGAGAGGCAGAAACCGCUGCGGGGACACCCUUUGACCGCCGUGCCCAACAGGCGCAGCCAGACUACGCACCGCGCGCCUCCGUGUCUGUCUGUAGCCCUUUUCUCACAGCUCCGACACAGAGAGACGGCUUUGAACCUGCCUGCCAAGAUAAACUCACCUCGCCUAUUUAUGCCCCUGCCUCCGCGUGCACUCGGGACAGGAGAGUGUCGGCAGCUCAGAGGACAGGUUCAGGUCUUUCCAGCUCGUCUCCAGCGGCGCACUGGCCACUUUUACGCGCCGGGAAUGGCCACCUUUGGGGACUCGGGAGUGAGUCCUGCUCCGUUACCUCCGCUCUAAAAUUAUAAAAGGGGGAACCCACGAGGGGGGACACACAUCAAAAGAAACACAGCAGUGACAUUUUGGCCACCCGCCGGGGGGUUACAUACCGGCCCCGGAGCGGGAUGCUGCUCCCGACGCUGGUGACGUGCCUCGCCGGGUGCGCCUUUCUCCUCUCGCCGGUCAGCGAGGGCUGCGGACCGGGUAGAGGCUAUGGCAAGAGGCGGUCACCGCGGAAGCUCGCACCGCUCGCCUACAAGCAGUUCAGCCCCAACGUGGCCGAGAAGACUUUAGGGGCCAGCGGGAGAUACGAAGGGAAAAUAACCCGGAACUCUGAGCGCUUCAAGGAGCUCACCCCCAACUACAACCCCGACAUCAUCUUUAAGGAUGAGGAGAACACAGGUGCAGACCGCAUGAUGACACAGCGCUGCAAAGACAAGCUCAACUCUCUGGCCAUCUCGGUGAUGAACCUGUGGCCCGGGGUCCGGCUGCGGGUCACCGAGGGCUGGGACGAGGACGGCCACCACUCGGAGGAGUCGCUGCACUACGAGGGCCGGGCGGUGGACAUCACCACGUCGGACCGAGACAGGAACAAGUACGCCAUGCUGGCGAGACUGGCGGUGGAGGCCGGGUUCGACUGGGUCUACUACGAGUCCAAGGCCCACAUCCACUGCAGCGUCAAGUCAGACCAUUCAGUGGCGGCUAAAUCUGGAGGUUGUUUCCCCGGCGAGGCCUUGGUCACGCUGGAGAGCGGCGGUCAGAAGUCCAUCAGUGACCUGCGACCUGGUGAGCGAGUCCUGGCCUCGGCGGGCAGCGACGGCAGUGGGGAACUGGUUUACAGUGAAGUCCUGGCCUUCCUGGACCGUGACCCCGUGACCUGGAAGCUCUUCUACACCCUGCACACAGAAGCUGGAGCCCGCCUUUCGCUCACCGCCGCCCACCUUGUAUUUGUGUCCGAGGGGAACUGCUCAGAGGGGGCGGUGCCGGCCCGCGGCGCCCUCAGGACUGUGUACGCCAGUGACGCCCGGCCGGGGCAGUGUGUGCUGGUGUCAGAGGGUGAAGCGGGACAGAGGCACGACGAGGGGCGUCUGUCUCGGAUCACCCGGGUCACAGUGAGGGGGAGCAGGGGGGCGUUUGCACCGCUGACCCAGCAGGGGACGUUGGUGGUGGAUGGGGUGGUGGCGUCCUGCUACGCGGUGCUGGAGCAGCACUCCCUGGCUCACUGGGCCUUCUCGCCGCUUCGGCUGCUUCACAGGUGGACUGGAUCCACCGGGAGCCACAGUGAUGGGAUCCACUGGUACUCACAGCUUUUACACUGGCUGGGGAGGAUGCUGCUGGACUCAGGACGCUUCCACCCGCUGGGCGUCGCUCAGGGCGACAGGUGAGGAAGGAAAAACGGGACACGGGUGGACUCUUUUAUCAAAAACAGACCUGAACCUCUCACUUUUUAACUGGGUAGACCCCAAAGACACGCUGGUAGAGGCGCUGUACAGGACCAUGAUGAAGUACCUGACGAGAUGGGAGAUGUUUGGGUUCCUGCUGAGGCCUGAUGGGAGUUUUUAUGGCAGGACAAAGAGGAAGACGAAGAAGAAGAAGAAGCUGUGAACUGACACAGAUGAAUUCUCCCAAAAACCACAAAGACAGACAACAAAUAUCAGAGCACUGCAGAUGUUUGCAGAUGUUUCAAAGACUUCUGGUGACACGUGUAUCCUGAAAAACUCUAUGAAACAAUAAUCCCUUAAAAAUACAUUUAAUAAAUCCUUAAACUUACCUUCGAAACACAGCAAACACUUUUAAAUCAAGGUGUUUGGGGCAUAACUUCCCCCAUAAUUUACACAUUAGUUAUAAUUUCAGGGUGGAUUUCGAUGAUUUAACGGGUUUUCUUCAUGGAUUCACCAAAGCCAUCGCUGGAUUUAACAGUAGACGCACUUUUAAGGUAUAAAUUAAAGGUAAAUUAGUGUGUUAGGGCCUUAAACCAUGCAGAUAAUUAAUUAAGAAUACCUUAUGAUAUAGCUAAGUAUUGGCAAAGACGUGGAUUGUGGGUAGACUUGGAGCUCCACGCUCUUAAUCCUGCAUAACUUUAAGCCUUAAUAUA